AUGACAACAUCCAUUCGAACGGGUCCCAACAGACGAUCUCAAACACAGCAGAUUAUUUCCUUCAUCGACCGACCGACCGAUCGACCGACCGACCGACGGACAGACACACGCAUACAUACAUACAGACAGACAGACGCGACUACGUCAAAGAAGGGCGAAAGAGAGAGAGAAG